AUGAUUGAAACAUCUCAUUCAUAUCAUCAUCCAUAUAAACCAAAACAACGUUUUACACAUUAUAUUAAAAGUCCUGAUACACAAAAUGUUUGUCAUGAUAUUGCAACAACAUGUCGAAAUACUGAAGUAGAUCAACCAGCACCAACAGCAAUUAUACAUCAUCACCAUUACUUAUCACAAUCGACAGCAAAUCUUAUUGAAACAACACAUCAACAUAAUGGAAAAGAAGAUUUUGAACCACAACCACCACCACCACCACAAUCUUCAUCAUCAUCGUUAUCAACAACAGCAGCAGCAGCAGCAGAAAAUAUUAUUGUUCCAUCUACACAAUUGCAUGAUUUAACUCGAUCAAAAUCGUCACCAACAACUUCUAUCAAAACAGAACCAAAUCUUGAACGAAAACAAUUUUCAGAAAAUCUUAAUAAUAAAAUGGCUUCAUUAAUGAAAACAAACGGUGGAAAAGUCGCAGGUUCAAUGACGGUCAAUGUACCAUGUUUAGUAUGUGGUGAUGAAGCAAGCGGUUUUCAUUAUGGCGUCAAUUCAUGUGAAGGUUGCAAGGGUUUUUUUCGUCGAUGUAUAACACAGGGAAUGUCUCAUCGAUGUAACAAUACGGGUAAUUGUGAAAUAACACCAUUUAGUCGAAACUCAUGCCAAUAUUGUCGAUUAAAAAAAUGUUUUGAUGUUGGCAUGAGUCGUGAAGCAUCACGAUUAGGUCGACGACCGAAACGACCUCGUUCGGAUAUGAAAUCUAUUGUUAAAAAUGAAAAAGAACUAUCACCACAACAUUCACUAACAAUAGCACCAUCAACAAAUAUGUCAGCACAAGUAUCAGCAUUUGUUCGUUUGCAAGAAAUUCAACGACACCAACAAAAGCAAUCUCUAAAUACCAAUGAGAAAUUUAUUAAACAACACACACCUCCAGAUGAACGAGAUAAAGAAUUAUCACCAACAAAUCGAAUUGAUUCUGUUAGUUCAACAACAUCCAAUAUAUUAUCAUCACCUUAUCGGGCACCAUCAGUAACGAUUGAAACACCUAACUCUUCGACAUCGUUAUCAUCGUUUCCUGAUUGUCUCUUUCAACAUCGCCAACCAUUGUCAUCAACAUUAAUACCUGAAAUUCAUCGUGAAAUUGCACGAAAAAUAUCGUCGAUGUUGCUUUAUCAAGAAAAAUUAUUAACAGAUAUUGAAGCAAAAGAAAUGGAUCAUAUAGCACAGGUUAUUAUUAGUGCACAUCUACAAUUUUGUGUAUGUACAUUUGAAAAAAUACAAAUGAAAAUUGAAGAAAAUCCACCAAUAUGGGCAGACUCUGUGAGUGAUGAUCUGAAUUGUGAUCCAGCAUUAGUAUGGGCUAAUUGGCAAUUAAGUUUUCCAUUCGAAAGUAUUCUUAGAACAUUCAAAUACUAUACAUUUUUUCAACAAAUUUCACAAGAUGAUCAAAUUUGUUUAUUUCGACAUGGAGCAUUUGAAACGAUUCUUGUUAGUUGGUUUACAUUAUUUGAUGCUGAACAAAAGUUAAUGCUAACACCAGACUUCUCAGCCUACAUGGAUAGAGACUUUAUUAAAACAAUAAAAACAUUAGGUGUGAUUAUGUUAGAAAUAUUUGAUUUGGGUAUGAAAGCAAGUCAUCUUCGAUGGACUGAUAGUGAUAUUGCAUUGUUUAAUGCACUUUUAUUGAUGAAUCCAGAACGGUCAGAUCUAUGCGAUAAACAAAUCGUUGGUCAAAUUGAAGCAAAAUUAAUGCAAGUUUUAUACAGACAUUUACGAUGUCAUCAUCCAAAUGAACCAAAUAUGUUUCUUGAUAUUCUUCAAUUGAUACCAUCUAUUCAAGAAGUAAAUCAGAUUCAUUUGAAUGCUGUACAAUAUAUUAAACGAUAUGAACCACAAAUUUUUAAUUCAUUACCUGAUGUCCAUCGUGAAACGUACGAAGGUCUCUUGCCAUAA